UAUUUAUUUUGAAAGGGGAGUCAAAUACAGCAGCCUCUCUAUAAGAAAAGAGGAAACUUGGUGGGUUUCAGAGAAUUAUUACAAGAGAGAAAAAGAAGGCAAAAAAAAAGCUAUAUGGAGGAGAAUUCGAAGAAGAGAUCUGAUCAUGAAGGUGCAGUCAUGAAGAAGGAGACAAGAGCUGGUUCUUCUGAGGAUGCAAAAACUCCUGGUAGAAGAGAAGAGGUUGCUGCUAAGGUGGGAGAAAAAAGAUCUAGUCUUGAGAAUGAUGAUACAAAGCCAUCUUCACCUGGGAAAAAUGAUUUAAGCAGCAACAACAAGCUGGUAUCCGUAAAAAUUGAUACUGAAAGAUUCUCAACAGAACCUGACUCAAUGGCAUCUUCUUCAAGUCGAAGGGAGCAGGAUGAUCAACUUGAAUCUGCCAAAGCUGAGAUGGGAGAGGUGAUAGAAGAAAAUCAAAGACUAAAGAUGUACUUAAAUCAGAUACUGAAGGCUUAUCAGAACCUACAAAUGCAAUUCCAUGACAUUGUUCGACAAGAUGCAGAGACAACAAAUAAUGACGACCAAGAAGUUGAAGAACCUGAGCUUGUUUCUCUAACCCUGGGAAGAUUUUCAAGUGAUUCAGAAAAGGAUGAUAAGAACAAAACAUCUGGCCAAGGAAAAGAGGAGGAGAGAGGCAAAGAAGGUUUAUCUCUUGGCCUAAAUUACAAAUUUGAAGUUUCUAAGUCAGGGGCAGAUGAUGAACCUUUGCCAAAUCCAAGCCCAGAAAACAGUUCUCAAGAACCGAAGGAAGAGGAGAAAUGGCCAGCUAGCAAGGUUCACAAGACAAUGAUAAGCGGAGAUGAUGAAGUUUUGCAACAAAACCCUGUCAAGAAAGCUAGGGUUUGCGUGAGAGCUAGAUGUGAUACUCCUACGAUGAAUGAUGGAUGCCAAUGGCGGAAAUAUGGACAGAAGAUUUCUAAAGGAAAUCCUUGCCCUCGAGCAUAUUAUCGUUGCACUGUUGCACCUUCAUGCCCAGUGAAAAAACAGGUGCAAAGAUGUGUUGAGGACAUGUCGAUCUUAAUCAUAACCUACGAAGGAACACACAAUCAUCCACUUCCGAUGUCAGCCACAGCAAUGGCUUCCACCACUUCCGCAGCUGCAUCAAUGCUACUGUCUGGUUUAUCAUCGAUCUCGCAGCCUGGCUCCAAUAUUCCAUCAACGGCCAACACCAUCCCUGCUAAUCUCCAUGGAAUCAACUUUUAUCUAUCUGAUAACUCAAAAUCAAAGUUCUACUUGCCCAGCUCUUCGCUAUCGGCUGCCUCAUCACACCCAACAAUCACUCUUGAUCUUACCGCAACAUCAUCCUCAUGCUUAUCACUUCCUUUCAAUAGGUCUUCUUCAGCUUAUCCCACAACCGGAAGAUAUCCUCCUACAAGUCUCAGCUUUGGUUCUUCAGAAUCCAACACCGUAUCUUGGGGCAAUGGGCUCCUUCAGCCCUACAUGAAAAACCAAAUCGGAGCUCUGAACAUUGGAAGACCACAGACCCUUGAGAAUAGCAUUUAUCAAUCCUUCAUGCAAAAGAAUAAUCUAAAUCCUCCUCAACAGCCUCUACCGGAUGGUAUUGCUGCUGCAACCAAAGCAAUCACAGCGGACCCCAAUUUCCAAUCUGCUUUAGCAGCGGCUCUCACAUCAAUCUUUGCGACAAGCAAUAACGGUGGUGCAACUCAGCCUGCUGGAGUGCAUUUGGCACAAAAGUUGAAGUGCGGGGAGCAGCCAUUUCCAGUACUGACUCCUAGUUACUCACAAACAGUAAAAGGGGAUGGCUGUGCCUCCAGCUUCUUGAACAAAUCUCCUACGACUACUUCACAGACAGGGAGUUUGAUGUUUCUACCACCUUCUUUGCCAUUUUCAACUCCCAAGAGUGCAUCCGCAUCACCUGGUGAUGCUAGAAAUCACAGCAAUUGAUUGGUUUUUUAUUUUUGAAUAUUUGUAAUUAAGGAGGUUGUUCAUUAGUCCUAGUUGGCAUGCAAUAGUUAAUGUGUAGUUUAAAGAAAUUUUCCUCUUAGAGACAAGGACGGGAAGCAUGGAAAUUUGAACAAGUUUGGUUUUUAAUUUCCGCAAAUUUAUUUGGUCCUGCUGAUUAUCCAGCUAGCUGGUGAAGGAAAGCGGCAUCGAUCGACUAAGACUAAGUCAUAAGCUCUCACAAAUUUAAUAUUUUUUCUUCAACUUGAUGUUUGGCUCAAUAGUGGUUAAGGUUGAUGGUUCAAUGGUGGAAAAUUCAAGUGAAUUAGCAUUUAGCAACUGAUGGCAUUCGCCGUGAUAGUAAUGGACAAUGAGUGUUUGGUUCUGCUACGAGGUUGGACAUGAUUGUAUCAAAUUAAAGCUGAACUUAAUGCAAUUUUGACUUAGUCUUCAACUUGCAUAAAACAUGAAUAUCGUAUAAGAUAUCUUGAUGGAGUCUAACUCGACAUAGGCAAUUGAAAAG